GACCGAGCUCACGGCGGCACGCGAUUACAACAGCAAUUAUCAUUGCCAAACCGGAUUUUUAGGAUAUAUUCUAAAAAAAAAAAUGUAUAUUACAAAUUAUACCGGUUUUUCCUAUUAAAUCAUUUUUUAGCUCGAGCAAAAUAUUAUUGUUGUUUUUUCGGACAGCUGACCACAAUAAUCGUUGGUCACAUUGACGAUUCCGACUAUCAUAAUCAGUAAAAAUAAUAACAUAGAUAAGAUAUUGUAAUCAUGAUUUUUACGGUUAUUAUUUGUUUUUAUACUUCACGGCACGUUUUCCAAUUUCCAUACUAAGUUUGUCGAUUGUCCUCUUCACAACAUACUUAAGGUUUAAAUUUUUUUUGUAAAACUGUGUUUAUUGUUUUUAUUAUUUAAAUAAGUGUGUUCAUGCUUAUUGUAAUUAAUCAUGCCAAAAAUACGACGGAGUCGAAAACAACCGCCCGAAGGUUGGGAGCUUAUCGAACCUACUUUAGAAGAAUUGGAACAAAAAAUGAGAGAAGCUGAAACCGAAUCACAUGAAGGAAAACGGAAAGUUGAAGCACUGUGGCCAAUUUUUAAAAUUCAUAACCAGAAAUCGAGAUAUAUAUAUGAUCUUUUUUAUCGUCGUAAAGCUAUUUCAAGAGAGCUCUACGAUUUUUGUCUUCAAGAAAAAAUUGCUGAUCAAAAUUUAAUAGCCAAAUGGAAAAAACAAGGUUAUGAAAAUUUAUGUUGUCUACGUUGCAUUCAAACUAGAGAUACUAAUUUUGGUACUAGCUGUAUAUGCAGAGUACCAAAAUCAAAACUAGAAGAAGGUCGUAUUGUAGAAUGUGUUCACUGUGGAUGUCGGGGUUGUUCUGGAUAAAAAUGGUCCAUUUCCUAUAAGAUAACACUAAUUUUUUAUUUUAUUAAAAAGCUAUUGUUAUAAGUUAAACAUUUAUUACACAUUAUACAUUUGUAUGUAUUGUAUCAUUGAGUAUAUUAUAUUGUCAAUAUGUACUCAAUGAUUGUAUGCAAGACUGACUAUUGUAUAUUUAUUUGAUAUAAGAAAAAAAUAGGUAAUUCAAUUUUUCUUUCAACCAUUAUUAUAAUUAAUAUUAAUCAUAACUACUGUGAUGAAUAUCCCAAAUAGUUAAUCUAAAUUUAAUAUUUACUAUUUAAGUGAAUUCUAUUAUAUUGUACACAUUAUAAUUUUUAAUUUUUAACAAAUUGUACAUAUUAUAACCUUAUCAGUUUUGAAAUCCAGUAAGAAAAAUAUCCAUCCUCUCAAUUAUUAAUUUGU